AUGUCGGUUCGCGAGAUUCUGUUUUCCUCCGAGCACGUAAGUGAGGGCCAUCCUGACAAGCUGUGUGAUCAAGUGUCAGAUGCUGUGCUGGAUGCCUGCCUUACAAUGGAUCCACUCUCCAAGGUGGCGUGUGAAACGUGCUCCAAGACGGGCAUGAUCAUGAUUUUUGGUGAGAUUACCACGAAUGCGGUGCUCGACUACCAGACAGUGGUCCGCGAUGCGGUGAAGGAAAUUGGGUUCGACGAUGGCGAAAAGGGAUUGGACUAUCGCUCAUGUAACCUUUUGGUUGCCAUUGAACACCAGUCUCCCGAGAUCUGUCAGGGUCUUGGUGAUUUUGACGGCGAGGGACUCGGGGCGGGUGACCAGGGCAUGAUGUUCGGUUACGCAACUGACGAGACGGAUACAAUGAUGCCACUCACCUACGAGUUGUCGCGUGGACUUGCUAUGAAGUACAGCGAACUGCGCCGCGAUGGGACUCUGCCAUGGGCUCGCCCAGACGCGAAGACGCAGGUCACCGUACAAUAUGAAUACGACACGCGUGGCGGUAAGCAACUUCUGACCCCAAAGCGUGUAGCUGUUGUUCUUAUUUCUGCCCAACACGAUGCUGAUGUGACAAAUGAGACGCUCCGCAAGGACCUUAUGGAGAAGGUGAUCAAAACCGUGAUCCCCGCCAAGAUGCUUGACGCCGAUACAAAGUACCACCUUAAUCCUUCCGGUAGUUUUGUGAUUGGCGGUCCCCACGGUGAUGCUGGUCUCACCGGCCGCAAAAUCAUUGUUGACACCUAUGGUGGUUGGGGUGCUCACGGCGGUGGCGCCUUUUCCGGAAAGGACCCCUCAAAGGUUGACCGCUCGGCUGCCUAUGCUGCCCGCUGGAUCGCCAAGUCGCUUGUCACAGCAGGCCUUGCCCGUCGUUGUCUUGUGCAACUGGCGUACGCUAUUGGUAUUGCGGAGCCACUGAACAUUCACAUUGAGACCUACGGCACAGGCAAGUACGAUGAUGGACGCAUUUUAGAUAUUGUGAAGAAGAACUUUCAGCUCCGCCCGUACGACAUUAUUAAGCAGCUGGAUCUUCGUCGGCCCAUAUACCAUAUGACCUCUCGAUUCGGUCAUUUUGGCCGUGAAGACAAGAGCGGCAAAGGUGGAUUUACGUGGGAGAUUCCUAAGAAGCUUGACGAGUCAUGCUAA